AUGGCGUGUUUUCAACGUGAUGUGGUCGUAAGCGAAGGCGCUUCUUUGCCGCUGGAAUACAGCCUCGCGCAGGAAGUCUGUUAAUGUCAAGUUAAGGGAGUUCAUAUAAAAUUUAAAACCUCAAUUAUUUCAUUUGAAGCUUUUAGAAGUCCUUAUGAUCUAAAUCUAACCUAUCUUCUUCGAUUUUUUAGUUCAAAUGCUAUUAUCUUGUUCCAAUGAUGGACUUUGAGAUUUUUUUCUUUGACAAAUUGUUUUGGAAACCGCUUUUUUACUUUCUCUAGUUCUUUGGCUUCAAAUAACUCACUUCCAAGUUCAUUUUUCACUAAAAAACAGCUUCUUUCUGAAAGGUUUUGGCGAUUUUGGCAACGUCCCAAAAAAUUGCAUCGGGGCGCACUUGCCCCCUGCGCUCGCCAAAAAUAUUUUCGAUUUUUGUUUGCGGUUUUUCCCUCUCGCUUUCUUUCUCUCUUUUUAUUUCUUGCUUCUUUUCGUUGUUUGCGUUUUUGCUGCAGGAAUUUGUUGUAAUCGACGCGUUCGAAAAAAAGCUUUGCACUUUAAAAUGAAGUAAAUUUUUUUAAUAACCAAUUGUUUUUUUCUUCGUAAUUUAAAAAGCUUUUUUUGAAGCUGUUAACACAUAUUUUUUUCAAGUUUUUUUAUAAAAAAAUCUGUUUCUCUCAUUUUUUUCAUUUUUUUUCUUUAUAUCAUUUUUGAAGAGCUUCUCUGGUUUAAAAAUAAUAUGUUUAAAAAAAUCUUAUAAGUGAUUGGUAUCUUUCUAUAUUCAAAAAAAUUAAUCCGUUUUUAUCUUUUUUUAUCUCUGUGUAAAAAGUUUGCAUUUUGUGUGUCAUUUUAAAUCUUUUUAAUUUACAGCAACCCAUUAAAUUUACAAACAGUGUAAUUGAUUUGUUAUUUUUUUAAAUGCAUUAACGUACGGGUGAAAAAAACUUUUUUUCAUUUUAAAUUGAAUUUAUUAUCAAUUUUUUUGUGUUUUUUUCGAAGUUAAAACAAACUAUCGAAAUUCAAAAAGACAUUUGAGUUCUUCAGGCGUUCCGAUUUAUUUCUAUUUUUUUUUUUAGUUUAAUCGAAUUAUUAUCCUUUUUGUUUUAUGAAGUUAUUUUUCUCAGAAUCUUUAUUUACAGGUCCCAAAAUGGCCAGCAGCCAAGUUGAAGACGACGAGAAUCCGCCGAUGUCGACGGCUCGAAUGUUCGGAUUGUUCAAAAAUCCCGACCCCGGAUUCACGCAAACAGCCAUCUCGAUUGGCGUCAAUUUCGUGCUGGCCAAUAUGCUGGUUUAUGGACUAUCCGGUCGCGGAAAGGCGGCCUACCUGACGGCCAUGGCCACGGUUCCUUUGUCCGUGGUCGCCUGUGUCCGCGACUCCCAGAAAGACUACGAAAAAUGGAAGGAAAUGCGGUUGUUGCGGAUCAAAGGAGUCCCUGAAAGGUUUCCAUGGCAACUAUUAUCGAAAUUGCGCCGAGGAGGCGUGUUUCUUGGGUUCCAGUCAUUAGAAUGGGCAUUCUGGAAAGCCGGGAUGGUUUUGAUCGAGACAUAUUCCGCGAAAAACAGUUUUAGUUCAGUUUUAAAGGAAAAAUUAGCACUAAAACUCGAAAAAUUUUAAUUUUUUAAUUUUUUUACCGCUUCACAAUGCGUUAAAGAACUUUUUAAAUCAAAGGAUUUUUUUACCUUGAAAAAUUUAAAAAUUUAUAAAUAUAUUUUUUUGAACUUUUUUUAUCUGGGUAUUUCGCUUCAAAAACUUUCAUAAAUGACUUUUUAAAGUUCAAAAAAAUGUUGAGAGAUUUUUUUCUGAAUUUUUUUAAAGGAGCAUGAUCGAAUUUGAUAAAGUUCUUAAAGCGAAAAAGCCGUUUUUUUAUUGGGUUAUAUUUAGUCGUCAGAAACUUUUUUUAGCUUCUAAAAAAAUUUUUAGCCAAAAAUUACUAUAAACAGUUAUUUCAUUUAAUGAAAAAUCUUGCACAUAGCAGGAUGAAAAAAAUCGAAAAAAAGGGUUUUCAUUUUAUAAUUCUAAUCUGAAACCCAGAGUGUCAAAAAGAAAAUAAAACUCUUUGAACCCGAAAUAUUGCAGAUUUUUGCCAUACAAGUGCAAAUACGAUUGGUCGGAUUAUGAAGCGCGGCAGAAGAAAUAG